AUUUUUAAGUGAAAUGGAAGGUGAAGGGGAUGAUUUUAUUGAUGUUAAAGUGAGAGAGUGUGAUACAGAAGAUGAGUAUGGGACUUAUCCUGAACAUGGACCGGUGUACAAUAUCUAUGUCACUAGGGAAGCAGAUAUUGCUGAGCUCAAAACAGAAAUCUCAUUACACAGAGGUCUAAGCCACAGAAAGUUUGAUGUAUGGUGUAAUGGAAGAUUAAGAAGGUAUAAUGAAAAGGUAAAGCAUUGAAUUGAUGAAUAUUGCUCCACCUUCUUAAUCUACUUCCCUGAUCCUUUAUACCAAGGUGAGUGAGUAUUAUUUGAAUAACAUUCAAGUCAAAUUUUACUCUA